GUAUUAGUCAGUUGUUUAUGCAUGCACACAGAAUUUAAAUUUUGGGCAUCCCAUACACAGUAGUUAAUUAAUUAAUGAAAAAUUAUUUUUGUGCACAAUAAUUAAUUAAUGAAAAUAGUUAUUCGGUAUGUGUGAAUGAAUUUUGGGGAUCUGCUCUUCAUCCCACCUUACAAUUUUGAUUCACUGAAUCACUGCUGUCGAAAUCAAUUUUGAUUCCGGGCUCCGUUGCGAAGCGGGCAGCAGAAGCAACAUAAGAAAAACCCCAGUUCUUGUAAACUUUCAACAGUUCAAGGAGCACCCUCUUUUUCUUCUUCUUCUUCUCCUCUUCUCUCUCUCUAUCGCUCUCUCUUAAUACUGAAAUUCCCCAUAGAAGCAACUGUUUUCCCUUUCUUCCUGGAUUCGCAGAGAACAGAGACAUAGUUAUGAUUUUUGGGUUUCACAGCAUAAAAAAUGCUUUCUUUAAGGGAUUUCUGGAGAAGGCAUAGGAGGAAGUUUAUAAUUACUGCUGGCGUUUUAGGAGGCGGGUACAUUUUGUAUAAACUGAAUGAUGCGCACAGGCGGUUGUCUGAACUGGACAAAGAACUUACAAGAGAGCGGGAAAAUGAUGAACUCAUUAAGGCCCAAAUGCAAGUUCAUUUUGAGAACAUUCAAAAAAUAGCUGAUACGAUGACAUUACCUCACGCAAUGCAUUAUCUGAGUGAUCGGAUAAAAGAAGAGAUGGACCUUUCACACCUAACAGAGAGGCUAAUAAAAGGGAAAGGGAAAGGUCAGCUCAGCACUUUGACAUCUUCAGAGAAACUUGAACUAUGGGAUAGACUUAAGAUCCUAAGUUUCUCGAGAUUGGUGUUGUCGCUGUGGGCAAUGACUGUGCUUAGCUUAUAUAUAAGGGUUCAAGUCAAUAUUUUAGGGAGACAUCUAUAUAUAGAUACAGCCCGCAGUUGUGGGAGUUCUGAUCUACCUGAGGGAGUUGAUGCCCUUGAUAGUCAUGACCAGCAGAAGUUUCUGGCAUGUGCGGAUUUUCUUGCCAAUCAAGGCCUGCCUCAUUUGAUAUCUGAUAUGCAGACUGCAGCAACAGAAGUUCUCAAGGGAAAGCAGUUGAGAGAUAUCUUCAAUGCUCCAGCACUUCAUGAAAUGAUUAUACAGAUAGUGGAUACAUUCAUGACCAUGGGGAGUCACUAUCAAUGGGUGAAUUAUUUGAUCCCUGAUGAUACUAGAGAUCACAAUCAGGUUGCAGCUUCCAGCGAUGACAACACAUGUGUCUUUGACUCGACCCAAUUUGACAAACUUAUGGUGGAGACACGUGCUGUUUUAUCAAGUGCUGAAUUUGGAAAUGUUGUGGAGAAGUCAUUGAAAAAUGUAGUGGGUUCACUUAUGGAGGAUAUUGAAGUUCAGUUGGGAGGCAGCAAUUUAUUAUCAGGGAUGCCACUGGCCAAACUUUUACCAAGGGUUGCCCAGAUGGGUCCGUUACUGCUCGAGGAACCAAGUAGAGAACGGUUUAUCCAAAUAAUAGCACGUGUACCAGACGUUGAACUCUUCUUCACUCUUCUCUAUGCAAGCAUGCCCACCUCAUAAGGUAGCUGUGUAUUUUGUGUUUGAAAAUAUUUCAACUUUUGUUGAUGGAUGGAAAGAAUGUAAAGAUUUCAGGUGGUGCUAGGUUUGGGCUUCUCAAAAUUUCUUGAUUUGGAAGUAAUAAAGGAGUAGGAAGAUCACUGCAACUUGUUGUAAUCAUUUACACCCCCUUCAAAUAUUGUUGAACAUUAUGGUAAACUUAUUUUUGCUGUAAUAGUUUUUUUUUUUUUUGGCAAUCAAUGCCGAGACAGUUCGAUAGAGCUUACCUUUUUGUUUGCUUUCAGGCUUAAACGUCUAUACAGUGAAGAUCUCUCUCUUUUA